GAAAACGGAACUGUAUACACCUUAAUAAUGACGUGUCAUGGUAUGUUUUACUAUCUUUUUCUGUUAGUUAAAAUUAAUCUUUCUGGUCUCCCUUUUGAGAGAAAAUGUUGUUGUUUUUUGAAUUAUAAUUCGGUUACCAUGAUAGACGACCUAACUUAUUAUACAUUAAGCGUUCAAACUCAAACGCGUUCAAACUCAAAAAGACAAAAGGAAAGAAAAUUAAACAAAAAAAAAACAUGAAAUUUAGAGAUUUGUGGAGAUUAACGUUUGCAGCAACAGAAACUCGAGGGCGGAACUUCAUCAAAAUUCUGAAAUAUGGAGACUGAAAUGAUUUGAUACUCUCACUGCGGCAGCUGCUAGACAAGUCUGCAUAAAAAUAUACAUACAAAAAUUGAGUAUUUUUAAUUUUUCAAUUUUUAAUUUGUGUGUACCUGAAACUGGGCUUACGCGUCGUAUUAAAACGCUGGAUCCGUUAGGAACUUUUCUUCUUCAAAAGUGUCAUGUAAUUUUCAAAUUUGUCGGGCCUGCUGAGGCCCGUUUUUCAAGAGCCACAAUAACCUUUCGGGCUCAAAGCCACCUUAACAGUUUCUUUUUCGAUUCGAUCAACAUCCCUUUCAUCAACAGAUACCCUUUUCUUGAUUUUGCUGCAUCUUUCCUAUAUUUCUCCAAAGUUUUCUGGGAUAAAAUUAAGCUCAAUGCAAUCUUUUUGCCGGGUUUUUUCCUCAAUUUCCCUGACACUAUGCGAAAAUUAAAUUGUAUAAAGUAGUAUUUGAAUUUGCGUGUUGUUGGUGUUGUGCUCAAACAUCACUUUUUGAUGUUGGAGAUUCAUCCUCACUUUUGAUAGGUUUCCCAUGCUGGUGCCUUCUAAACUUGACUAGACCAUUUGGCAGAUAGUCAACUCCCCUUUUUCUUGGGAAACUCCAUACACAUGGCUUUGAAGUAGAAGAUGGUGCAAGCGUUAAGGAAGGAUUCACAAGCACUUUCUUUCCAGUCGUUUUAGCUCCACGGUAAAGAAGCCAUCUCUGCAGCUUUUUCACGGUGCGUUCUUCUGGUAUUUCCCGAGGUAAAAUUGCUCCAGGUACAUCUUCUUCCCUUGGUUUCACACCUUGAGAUUUGUUUCUUUCGAUUACUUCGACUAUAUUGAAUCUUAUUCUGCUAAAAAACCUCGCUGUCACCGCCACAUUCCGCGCUACGUUCCGCCAUGUUUGUUUGACUCCCGUCUUCCCAUAAGCGCUGGUGCGGCGACUUUCGAUCCAGUCUAUCACGUCUAUCACAAUAUUGCUUGCGUUUGCGCAGAAGUGGAUAUGGAUACACAAUGGUGAGUAUACUUUCGUUAUUCAUAACACGUUUAUAAAACGUUUAACCAGUUACAGAAACGUGGGAUAUUGAUCAAAUGAAGCCUUUAAGUGCUACUGUGGUUCUCUCUUUAUUCACUCCGAGCUUUCGCCGUUCUACGGCAUCAUCCCUGAUGAUGCCAUAGAACGGCGAAAGCUCGGAGUGAAUAAAGAAAGAACCACAGUAGCACUUAAAGGCUUCAUUUGAUCAAUAUGACAAUACGACAUGCUACUAAAGGACACGUUCAAACAGUUACAGAAACAUUUUGUUCGUUUUGCAGGAUGAUGCAGCAUCAAGCCAGCGAUCAGAGUGAGUAAUAACAUCAUAUUUGUCACGUAUCCGAGAGAGGAUACUGAAUACGUACUGAUUUUAUUUUUUAGUUUUUUUACAACCAUAAACAGAAGGUUGCAAGUCAUGGAGGAAAACAUGGCAAUAGGAGAUCGUAUCCAAUCGUCUGAAAACAGAGAUUAACAUAUUUGAAAAUUGACUGCCUCUCCUUAUCUCUAAUAAGGGUUUCAUGUUUUAUGUAAAUUGAAGAGGAGGGGAAAUGGGUGGAUUUUUAAGGAACCUUUACUGUUGUCUGCACUCGCAAAAAAUAAGUAACUGAAAAUGACUCUAACAAUGAAAGACUCACAAUGACAUUCAUAAGGUUUACAGAAAUUGUUAUCAACUCUUGUUUGUAUGAGGAUUGCUGAACUAUUCACUUGAACUGACCUUAGGAUGAUACCACGUGAUAUCACGUAAGAAUCCUGAAAAUCAAUCAAUAAGAAGCAACUUCGCCAUCUAAAUACUCACGUGUUAAUUAUGAUCGCUGCUUAUAGUUCUAAAACAACAAAAACAACAGUAUAAAAUGUUUGUCAGGAAUAUCACAGUGGUCUCAAUCACUCACCAACUCUUUUCUCGCUCUCCAUGGUUUGCACCCCUCCCUCCGCCGCCCCCCUUCUUGUUCUGUUUGCUUAACAUUCCAGGGGCCAAAUUGUUUGUACUUGCCACCCAUUUUCCCCUUUUUUAGCCACGCAAUAUUGAUGUUUCCUUAUUUGAGAAAAAAGGGAGGUUAAAGACCUCUUUCUUUCAAUUGUAGCUAAUUUUGCGAAAGAUGUCGAUGAUGACAAUCUGAUUUCUUUUCAGCGUUUUCAUGUUAAUAGACACAGAUGGAAUUGCACAGGAUCUCUCCGAGCUUCAGGUAAGUGAUGUCCAUAAAAAAAACGAGAAAACACCGAAAAGACUUUUCUGUAUCUUAAUUCACCAUUUUUAGUUUUGAUAUAACUGUGUAAGUUAGCACGACGUACAAGGUCAGUUUAAGGUUUUUUCCCUAUGAAUCAUUUCGAAGUACGACGUCGCCGCCAGAAGAUUACAUAGGAAAAGAUUACUGAAGUUAUUUUACGAGCCAUGAUUCUGGAAAAAUUAUCCACUUACAAAAAACAUAUUUUUAUUUCAUGCAGAAUAGUGCACAGUCCAGCCAGAGGUCUGAGUAAGUAAUUUUAUCAAUGUAUUGAAGUCUUCAAUCUCACUUGCCUCAAAAACCAAAUUCCAACAACAAAAAACUGUAAAAAUACGUUAACAGCACUGUAUAGAACUAUUGUAAAAAUAUUGUGUUUGCUAAUCAUCUUGCUAUUUUGAUUUUUUCAGAGACGUAAAAAGAUGGUUGCAAGUCAUGAAGGAAAACGAAGCAAUAAGACAUCAUAUCCCAUGGUAUGAAAACAAAAAGUAACACAUUUGAUAAUUGGUUGCCUCCCCUAAUCCCUGGAGUAAGGUUCAGAAACGAAAUUUAGAAACAGUUUUGUACCCCAAUUGAUUAACCAUAGAAAGGAAUUUUCGAUCAAAGUGCCAGUUUAGCCAUUUUUAAAUAAAGUGCACUAAGCUGUUUCUUUUUCACCCUUCAACCCCCAGAAGUGAUGAACAUGAAACUUCUUCCUAUAAUAUUCUUACAUUAUCUAGCACACAGCUCAUAAGAAUAUUCAAACUUAUCAGGUAGAGGCCGUUAUCUUGAUCUAACACCAAAUUCUCAUAACUAGUUUACAAGAAUAUGUGAGGCAGCUAGAGAAGAGAAUUACCAAUCAGAUCUUGGGAGUUUAAGGGUUAAGACUUACAAUGUUUAAAUAGGUGGGUGGUCAGCGUUUUCAUGUUAACAGACACAGAUGGAAUAUCACGGGAUCUUUCCGAGCUUCAGGUAAGUGAUGUCCAUAAAAAAAAUGAGAAAACACCGAAAAGACUUUUCUGUAUCUUAAUUCACCAUUUUCAGUUUUGAUAUAACUGUGAAAGUAAGCACGAUGUAUAUGGUCAGUUUAAGGUUUUUUCCCUAUGGAUCAUUUCGAAGUACGACGUCGCUGCUAGAAGAUUACAUAGAAAAAGAUUACUGAAGUUAUUUUACGAGCCAUGAUUCUGGAAAAAUUAACCACUCACAAAAAUAUAUUUUUAUUUCAAACAGAAUAGUGCACAGUCCAGCCAGAGGUCUGAGUAAGUAAUUUCAUCAAUGUAUUAAAGUCUUUAAUCUCACUUGCCUCAAAAACCAAAUUCCAACAACAAAAAACUGUAAAAAUACGUCAACAGUACUGGAUAAAACUAUUGUAAAAACAUUGUAUUUGUUAAUUAUCUCGCUAUAUUGGUUUUUUUUCAGAGACGUAAAAAGAAGGUUGCAAGUCAUGAAGGAAAACGAAGCAAUAAGAGAUCAUAUCCAAUGGUAUGAAAACAUGAAGUAACACAUUUGAUAAUUGGCUGCCUCUCCUAAUCGCUAGAGUAGGGUCCAGAAACGAAAUUCAGAACCAAUUUUGUUCUCCAAUUGAUUAGCCAUAGAAAUGAACUUUCGAUCAAAGUGCCAAUUCAGUCGUUUUCAAAUGUAGUGCACUGAUCUGUUUCUUAUUAACCCUUUAACUCCUAGAAGUGAUGAACAUGAAACUUCUCCCUAUAAUAUCCUUACAUUAUCCAGCACACAGCUAAUAAGAAUCUUCAGACGUAUCAGUUAGAGGUUUUUAUCUUGACCUAACACCAAAUUCUCAUAACUAGUUUACCAGGAUAUGUGUGGCAGCCAGAGAGGAGAAUUGUCAGUCAGAUCUUGGGAGUUUAAGGGUUAAGACAUACAAUGUUGAAAUAGGUUGGUGGUCAGAAUUAUAGGGAGGCUUUACCCAUGGUUUGCAGGCCAUCUGCCAAAAAGAGAGACUGAAGUUAUUAUCUCCCCUUAUCGUGCAGGAAAGGAAGGUGCUCCAAUUACUACAACAAAAGUAUUGUCUUAACAUAUAAUCAUAUCUUGAUGCUCUCCAUUCUUUUGUUUUAUUUUGCAGACACCAGACACCUUAAAGAAACAUUCAAGCUUGAACUUAAAGUGGAUUUUAAAAUAACUAAGAUAGUGCCAGUUCCCUUAUAGAUCUAAAACAUAUCGUUUGUUUCACUGGUAAAUCCAUAGAAAAUUGAAAGAUUUUUAGUUUAAUUGAUAAAAGCGGUAUUCCGCACUUUCUAUAUCAGUAUACCGUCGUUAUUACCAAUUGGGUUGUUGCGAGGACAACUCCAAAUAAUUUUUGCCGAAAUGACAGUUGAGUGAUUAUGUCUUAGAAUGGUUCAGUCCUCUUAGCUUUGAAAGCCUUAAUGCAGGGAAACCCCUAAAUGUACCAAACGGACCGGGAUCGAAUAAUCCCUUGGACUUCACUUAAGCUUAUUCAGGAAAUUAUUAACUACCACGUGCCCAGUUAGAGUUCUCAGAAAAUAUUUAAGUGAACGAACAUUUAAUUUGGGUCUUAACUUCGUUCCUUUUAAGGAGUAUCGAAAAGUUCAUUUUUUCUUACUUUAUCAAAUUUAUAAGGAUUUUUCCCACAUUUUGACUAAAAGCAGAGAAACCACUACUAUCAGAUGCGGCGGAAAAAAUUUAAUUAAUGCCUAUUGGCUGAGACAGAGGGUAUUUUUUCUUAAUCAUGAGAGCACAUUAGGUAAUCAAGAACGCAUGAUUACUGAUGUUGAUUGCUUCUUUUGGCUGUUUGCGGCAACGAUCUAUUGACUGCAAUUCAACUGAAUGAAGCCUUGUAACGUUGUUAACUGUAUUUUGGGAACAAAAUGUUCAUUAAAUCUAUUGGUUAGUUGCGUUAGUUUUAACAUUUCUGGUGGUAUUGAAGGGGCUUCAUCGAGCGGACAUCGUGCGCGAAUGUAAUUCCUUCAAAACUUUUGCCCUUUAUGUGAUAAACAAGCAAUCGAAAGUGCCCUAGGGCAAUAAAGGAUUAUUUUCACUUGUAUUUUCAA